AUGGUGACCCGGGACCGAGCCGAGAGCAGAGAUAGCCCCAAGAUGCUGAAGCCGCUGAUCGAAAAGCGGCGCCGGGAUCGGAUCAACCGGAGCCUCGAGGAGCUGAGACUGCUGCUGCUGGAGAGGACCCGAGACCAGAACCUCCGGAACCCCAAAUUGGAGAAGGCGGAGAUCCUGGAGUUCGCCGUGGGCUACCUGAGGCAGAGGAGCCGGGCCGAGCCCCUGGGCGCCUCGGCCCGGCCCGCGCAGGACCAGGAGACCAUGAGCAGCUGCUACCUGUCGGGGUUCCGCGAAUGCCUCCUCCGCAUGGUCACCUACAUCCAGGACUCCAGCCCCUCGGCCCGCGGACAGCUCCUCACCACCCUCCACGGCUACCUGCACCCCAAGCCGCAGCGGCCGGAGCCCGCCCGGGACCCCCGCUGCCCGCCGGCCCGCCCCCAGCUGGACCCGGCC